AUGUCCAGCUUUUUGAAUCCCCUUCCACGGUUCAUGAAUGGCACUGUUGCCAAAUGGGCCUAUGUUUCUUUGAGUGCCGUUGCUACGCUGCCCGGGAACUUUAACCGGUCCGCUUUGGACGCACCAUGGGCUGACCCUGAUGUUUCUGAUGGUGGUCUUGCACGGACUUUAACCUUCCUCAACAAAACGGACUUUGUUGCAUACGACCAAAAGUUCUUCGACAUCAUCGGUCCGGAUGCAACGGUGGAACAUGUCCAAAAGCUAGCUUACCAGUCCCACGAAGCCCCCUGCUACAUCCCAGAUACGAACCAGGUAUUCUUCGUCGAAUGGGGUCCCCCAGGAGGUGAUGAUGGAAUCCAUUCCUGGCAGUACCUCCUAGACGUGGAGACGAACAAGUUGAACCAGAUCACGACUGAUCCUCCCUUGCACAAUGCCCACGGGUGUGUUGUCUACAACCACUCGCUCUAUGUCGUUACCGAUGGGUAUGGAGACGAGGAGUCUGGCAAGCUUGUCAAACUCGAUCCGCAUACCCUGAAGCAGGAGACUCUGAUCAAUAACUACCUCGUUCAGCCGUUCGCUGGGUUUAAUGACUUGGAGAUCGACCCGCGGGGGAAUUUCUAUCUAACCGAUUCCAAAUCUGGCUGGGGACGGGAAAUAGUCGACUUCACACCUCCCACAAACCCAACAGUCUACUUCGUCGAGCGUGACACAUUCCGCAUCAAGCCCGUCCAUAUCACGGAUGGAAACGCCAACGGGGUCGCCAUCUCGCCCGACGGCCAGACUCUGUACAUCCCAGACACUGGCAUCUCCCACUUCCGCCCGUCCAACAAAAGCCCCUACCGCAAGCGCGAGAUGUCUGCAUUUGAUAUUUCAAAAUCCGGCGCUGUCCUUCCCAAUAAGCGCCUCCUGUCUGAGCCGAUUUCGUAUUUCUAUGAUGGCCUGCGCGUUUCCAGGAAUGGAUGGAUCUUCGCUGGUGCUGGAGAUGGGAUUGAUGUCAUUGAUCCAGAAAAUGGGUUUACGUUGGGGACUAUCCGCGUUGGAGGUGGUGAGAAUCUUGCGGUGAGUAUGACCUUUGGGAAGAAUGAGCUGUGGAUUGUAGGUCGUGGGGGUGUUUGGCAUGUUAAGAAUAUCCGUGAGCGACUGGACAGGGAUUGGUGA